UUAUUGCGUAAAUUUAUAAUAAACUUUGAGAAGAAAGUGAGUGAAUUCAAGGUAAAAGAAGUUGUUUAGUUUUAAGUAUAUACUUCUAUUCAAUUUCAGUUCUUAAGUUAAAUAUAUGUACGUUCAUUCAAUUUUGUAUCUUUCAUUUACACAUUCACAUAUCAACAUGACUAAGUUCAAUUGUUUAUGCGCUUGCAUUUACACAAUCGCGUUUCUGUGUUUGUCCGUUUCAUACAACUGACCACAAACAACAAUAUCAUUUGUUACGUAAUCCAGACCUUGAAGUGUGUCAUCGAUCGUUUACAUCAAUUUGCUUAUAUUGCAUUUUUGUGGCACACUUCAAGCGGUUCAUAUUGCCGGAAAUAAAUAAACGCAAAAUGCAAGUGCAUCAUUUUUAUGACUUUAUUUUUAGCAACAUAAUUCUUAAUUAGUUUAUAAGAAUUGUAAUUUAUAAGCCAUAACUUUAUCAAUAAAUUGGUCUUUGCAUUACUACAUUGACCGGUAUUUUUGUUUAGUGGUUUCUUCCAGUUACAAGUGCUGGAAGAACCAAAUAUAAUAAGUUGGUACGACUUGACGCAACGUCUUGUCGAAUUAUAUCACCCAGUUAGGCACUGAACAUUCAACCAAGAAAAUACAUUCAUAACAUUUUUUGAACAUUUUUCACAAAUUGCAGCCCCAAUGAAUCACAACAAUUUUAUACGGUCCGCAUUGACACCAUAAACAAGUUAUGGGGUCAAGUGGAGGACUUAUACGAUCAAACCUGGGAACAGGUCUCAGAUCAAUAAACAAUGGUCUAGAUCAAGAUAAUCAUGACCAACUUCAAUCAAUGGUUGUUGAAGCACUAACUAAACUUCAAACAACACCCAUCGAAGACACAAAAUACAGGACAUCCAUCCCAAAUUCAUUGCCUCUUCCGAAGAUAACUAUUCCGAAAUUCGAUGGAGACUACAGCAAAUGGAGGCAAUUCUACGAUCUAUUUCUGCACAUGAUUCAUCUUCAGCCAAUAUCCAAUGUGCAAAAGAUGUCGUACCUAAAGGUUAACCUCACAGGAGAAGCCGAGCGAUUGAUUAGCUAUCUCACGACAACGGAAGAAAAUUACGUCUCCGCUUGGACAACAUUACAGGAGCGCUACAACAACAAGCGCAUUCUUGCCUCAACAUUGGUGGAGAAGAUCAUCAGUCAUCCAGCCACCACUUCAAGUGCAACAUCUAUUAAAACUCUUCAUGACACAACGCGAGAGUGUUUGCUAGCACUAAAUAAUAUUGGAAUCAAAACCGAUGAAUGGGACUCAAUCUUGCUGCACAUUCUGAUCAAAAAACUUGACCGCAAUCUUCAUAUCAGGUUUGAGCAAUCCUUACGCCAACCAAAGGAAUUGCCAAGCAUUAACGAUCUAAUUCCAAACAAUGGAGACAAUAAAUCAGAAGGAAAGGCCAUCACUGUCACAUCGCAAGACAGUCUCGUCAGUUGUGCAAGCAAACCCAGAAGAUAAAAAAUGCAAACACUGCAGCUUAGGGAUACAUCCACUACAUCAAUGUAUCAAAUUUCUGCAGCUAUCUGAAACAGAGGUUGAAGUAUGUUCAAUCACAAAGGCUAUGCUUCAACUGUUUCAAGCCCAACCACUCAUCCAACAAAUGUCCCUCAGGUGCUUACAGAAAGUGCAAUAAAAAACACAACACAUUGCUACACCUAAAUUCAACUUCCAAGCCUUUCUCUGGAUCAGCAUCCAGACAGUCGUCAAAUCCGGUGCCGAACAAAAUUUAAGUUCACCCGAGUCCAACAUCAUCCAUUAAUCAACCACCUAGGGUUGAAACAAAAGCAUCAAAUGC